AUCAACCCCAAACAAGGAACACCCAAAGAAAGUCGUAUUACAAAUUUGGGGAUUUUGUUUUGACCUUUCUUCCAUUCUGCAAAUUCUCCACCAAAACCAUACGUAAACACUCCAACAAACUUCAUCUAUAUGCACACACACAGCUUCAGUUUCCCCAAUCUUGUCCUCUAAUCCAUCUUUAUCUCUCAAUUCUCAUGCAUACGGCACUUGGUUUCCUUCAAAAUUGAACAAUUAGGGCACAGAUCGAGCAAUCAUUGGGGAAAAGAUGUAAUUGACCGAGAGAUUUGACGAAUUGCAUCCGCCUAGGGUUUGAAUUCUCUGAUUGAAUACUUCAUUUAGGGUUUGGUGGUGGUUUCUGAUUGUGUCGUACGGAUGAAAGGUGCAUUGGAUCGAACUAAGGUUGUGCUUCGGCACUUGCCGCAUAAUAUGUCUCAGUCGGUGCUUGUGGAGCAGAUUGAUGCUCGGUUUUCCGGUCGUUAUAACUGGUUUUGUUUCCGUUCUGGCAAGAAUAGUCUGAAGUGUCAAUCCUAUUCCCGAGCCUACAUCGACUUUAAACAACCAGAGGAUGUUAUCGAGUUUGCAGAGUUCUUUGACGGCCAUGUGUUUGUUAAUGAGAAGGGUACCCAAUUUAAAACUAUUGUUGAGUAUGCACCUUCACAGCGUGUUCCAAAGCAAUGGUCUAAGAAAGACGGACGUGAAGGGACCAUAGACAAAGAUCCUCAAUAUCUUGAAUUCCUCGAAUUACUUGCAAAGCCUGUCGAGAAUCUUCCUAGUGCAGAGAUACAAUUGGAAAGAAAGGAAGCCGAGCGAGCUGGUACCGCAAAAGAAGCGCCUAUAGUUACUCCUUUAAUGGAUUUUGUUCGCCAGAAAAGAGCCGCCAAGGGUGGAUCUCGGAGGGCCUUGCUUAACGGGAAAUUGGCAAGAAGGACUAGCGGUGCAUCCUCUUCAAGUUCAACUUCUGCUGCACUGAAACGCGGUUCUGAGAGGAGGACUUCAACCACCAUGUAUGUCCCAAGGGAUACUGGGAAAAGCAGAAGUGGUAAAGAAAAGUCAACCUAUGUUCAGAUCCAAAACCGUGAUGGUCAACAGCUUUCUGAAAAGCCUGCUGCUUCAUCUUCUGUAUCUGGAAGCGUGGUGCUGGGGGGCUCUUCUGAUACUGGGAAAAAGAAAAUUUUGCUCUUGAAGGGAAAGGAGAAGGAAAUACCCCAUAUGGGUACUGGGUUGUCUCCACAGCAGAACGUAGCAUCUUCUGUUAAGCUUUUGCAAAAUUCUGGUGGUCUAAAACCGAACCAGCAACGGGAGGGUGGUAGUGGAAGGAUGAUUAGAAGCAUACUGGUGAACAAACAAAAUCAAUCUGAACAACAGAACCAGCCACCAAAUAUGGAGAGAAGACCACCACCUAGACCUUCACCGCAUUCCAACGGUUUGCCAGAUGAUAAUUAUGACAAGCGUAGUACGAGGAAUAAGGACAGACCUGAUCGUGGUGUUUGGACUCCCCUUAAGCAUUCUGAUGAAUCCCUUUCAUCUUCUAACUCUCAAUUUACACAAGUACCACUAGAUUCUGCAGAAGGAACUCAUGGAGAGGUGAAGAAUGACCUGUCAAUUGCAAGGAGUGGGGAUUCUAAACCCAUUGGAAGUGGACGUGGUGGUCAUUUCUCAGUUGAUAAUGGCUCCUAUAAACACGGUGGUCGGCGGGGACCAUCUCACAAUGUUAAGGAUGCAGACGGUUUAACUGAGGGAAAACCUUUGAAGAGAGGAGUUUCUAGUGGCUAUAGUUCUCAUGAGAAACAGGUCUGGGUUCAGAAGUCAAGUUCUGGUUCUUAGUCUUGUCACUAAGUUGAGUGAAGACAUUGAUUUUUUAGAAAAGUAUUGGAGUUGUGGGAGCCCAUGAAGUUUUCUUUUUGCUAGAUUCAUGAUCCAAGCAGAAGCAAAAAAAAAGAUCAUGAAGUAAAGCAGGCUUUUUUGUGAAACCCUAGGGGUGGAGUGGACAUUUUACCCUACUUACAAACGAAACAGGAACAGGAAGCGGAACAGGAACAUAAGUGAUGUGUUUUUUUCUUGAAUGAAAAAGUAAGUUCCUGUUAAUCGGGAGUCUUGCUUGUCCAGCAAAGCUGUGUGGUUAUCCUAUGAAUCUUGUUCACAUGGCUUGGCUGGUGGCCUUUGUUAAAUAGCUGAAUUUUAUGGUUUUUAAGGGUGACUGUAUAUACUAUACUAUACUAACUAACCUUAAAUGGUGUGUUGCCUCCUGAUAUAUGCACAUAGAAUAGAGAGAUAUGACCAUGUUUCUAUGGCUUUAUGUAACUGUGGCUUGUGGUUUGGAUUUUGUUCCAUCAAGGAAAGUAUGAUAUUCGUGUUGA